AUGCGCAUCCUGUGGGCAUUCGACAACAAUCUUGAUGAUUUGCAUAACAACUUUCAAGGUGUUGGUACCAACGGGCCAACCUACAGCUCUCCAGGGAUUACAGGCUAUGGCACUUGUCUCUACUUGAAUGCUACAUCCUCACAAUCUGUAACGAUUCUUGCACCACCAUUUCUCAACAUGACUUUAACAUCAUUUUCUCUGUUCGCUUGGGUUAAAGCUACAUCAUUACAUAAUACUGCGACCGACUCCUAUUCUGACAAUGUCAUAUUUGGCCAAUGUCAGCAGACUGUUCAAGAUAAAUGUCUUCACAUUAUCGUACGUAAUCAAUAUACCUAUUUGGGUUUCUUUGCCGAUGAUAUUUCAGGCGUUACUCUUCUUUCUACAAACACUUGGUAUCAUAUGGGCUAUGUCUACGAUUAUAGCACAAAAACUCAGUAUAUCUAUGUUAAUGGAGUACUCGAUGUGUCUGGCAGCCCUAAAGGGCCCUACCAAGGUACCAUGGGAAAUCUGACGAUUGGAACCAAUGUUAUUUAUUUUCCGAAUAAUUAUUGGGAUGGAUGUAUUGAUCAAAACUUUUUCUCUCUUUCCAGUGCCACGGAAGUACUGUAUGAGGCUACUCUUACAUUUUCAUAUUCUUUUGAAAACAACCUUCUCGACGGUGGAACAUUGGGUAUCAAUGGGACAGGGACUACUAUUUCUUAUAGCACAUCAGGACGAGUGAAUAAUUGCCUAUCUCUACUUAGCAGUUCAUCUUAUGUUCAAGCAACAAAUCUCGUACUUCUCGGUACCGUUGCCCAAUCAUAUUCUUUUUCCAUCUGGAUCAAGCCAAAUGCAGUAGCUGGUGGAACGAUCGUGCAUGUGUCAUCAGGAACAACUGGUCACGGUGGUUGGUGCAUUCCCAUGUUAGGAUUUACCAGUUCAGUGACUUAUGGACCCUCGGAUGGACUUCGACUGUAUGUUAACGGAGCUCAAUAUGGGUCAGCUUCAGGCAGCUAUACCUAUCAAGCCGCUGGUACUCCUGUUUCACUCUUAUUGGGUUCAUCUCUCAGUGGCUUAUGGUGGUGUGCAUCAGGCGUAAUUACAAUGGGUCAGUACAAUGGCUAUAUCGACGAAUUCGAAUUAUAUUCGAGAGAGCUCUCUGCGGCUAAUGUUUACAGUCUUGCAAAUCCAUAA